CCCAGUGUACACUGUACAGUGUAUGCGUAAGCCCACUAUUCGCUUGGUCACCCUCAUCAUUCAAAAAAAUUCGAUGGGGAAGUUUAGCCUUCUAUUGAUGCGUUAAAGGCGGGUUAUAUGCGGUGGGCAAUAGAUUUCCCAUAGUGGUUUGGCAAUCGCCGUGUGUGCUUUGGAUUGAUAUAUAGGGAGCAGCAUGUGAGCACAGUGCCGUUGGCUUUACUGGCGGAAACGGAAAAUUAUUAGCUAAACAGCCUUGAUAGUGGCUCCGUUGGCGAUUCUGACGUGAAAAAGUGCUUUUGACAGUGAGGGAACGGGAGCCCUGCCUGAUGACUUUAGUCCACAUGGACUUGUGUGGACGAUGCCAUCAAUCCCUUAUCUUGGCGUAUUCCGCUAGAUUUGCAAUCUCCAGAGAUCACUCGUAUUAAAGGAGCGCUUUUUUUGGCUUGGACGUUACAGUAUUAGGCGGUCGACGCGGCCACUGGUACGGAUGUUAUCAUUGAGUCAACUAAUUACUGCUUUAUGUAUUCAUGUGGUGUGCGAUGAUACCGUCCUUGACCGGUAUCCCACAGUUUCCCAGUUGGGACGCCUUUGACCACCGUCUGGACAGUGCCGGUUACCCGUGGAUGUUAUGGAGCGUUUGGAACUAUAGGACAUUUAUAAUUCUUCUAAUCUUUGCCUUAUCUCCGUCUAAGGCAGACAGUCAUAAUCAAGUGUCGCGGGGAAUUAAUAGCGGACCAGUAACCUCGGCCUUACCCGCGGAUUACCGCAAACACCCACCUAUACUGCGUGGCUCCAAUAUGAUAAAUAUUCUCGGGUUGUUUGAACUAUCAUCUUGCGAUCUAGCGGAAAAUGGUCGUCUGGAACUUUUCGGUGCGCAGUUAGCUGUUAAAAUGAUUAACAGCCAGCGCAUCAUUCCUGGAUACCGGCUGCAGUUGAUUUUUAACGAUACAAUGUGCAGUGUCGGUCACGGCAUCAACGCAUACUACCGAGCGCUUUUCUUUGGACCAAAAAUUCAUUUCCUCCUGGGACCGUCCCAUGAUGAAGUCGCUAUUCCACUGGCCCGUGCAACGCCUUAUUUUGCUCAGCUGCAGAUCUCCGCUGGUGCUACUUCACCGGCACUCAGUGAUCGUAAGCAUUUUCGUUAUUUUUUCCGUACGGUGGCACCUGAUCAAUCCCAUAACGAAGCCCGAAGAGCCUUUCUCCAUCAUUUCGGAUGGCGCUUCGCGGCGGCAAUCAAUGAAAAUCAGGAAGCGUACGCCCUGGCCAUGAAUGAAAUUGUGAGAACGUUAGCCGGAUACAACAUCACGUUCCGCGCCACCGGAAGCAUCGGCAUCAACAAAAUACAAGAACAGCUGAGGAUUUUUAAGGAAAAAGAUGUGCGCAUAAUAUUUGGUGCAUUCUCGUUGGAUUUUGCGAAAAGGAUGUUUUGCGAAGCAUACCAUUUAGGACUUUACGGAGAACGAUAUGUAUGGUUUAUUCCUGGUUCGUAUCCACGUUUUUGGUGGCGACUUCGCGACAACAGCACCACUUGCACUGUAGAGCAAAUGGAAACCGCUAUCGAAGGUUACAUCACAGUCACCACAAGCGAUUCUCUCAUGAAUAACCGGACUUCUUCAGCUGGCAUUCGGUACGAUCAGUUCACCGUGGUGCAGAACGAUCUCCAGAAAGCGGGAGCCUCUUAUUCGCCGCAGGCACUGGCGUUCGAUGCAGUCUGGACCUUUGCUUUUAUGAUACAAGAAUCGCGAAGUACACUUGAUCGUAAAGGAUUGAGACUGGAGAAUUUUAGUUAUAAAAAUCGAGAAAUGACGGAGAUUUUUAAGGAUACAUUAUCGCGCUUGGAUUUUGAUGGUAUUUCCGGACCAAUUCGUUUCUAUGGGUCUGAUCGAGUGGGCGUGUCAGUAUUCCGGCAGCACCGAGUUGGCGAAAUGAAAACUAUCGCAUUUUUUAACCCAGAGGAUAAUUUUCUUCAUUUCAACUGCAGUAUUUGCGAGCAAAUUUCUUGGAUUGCAUCCGGUGCCCGUGUUCCGGCAGACAGACGCGUUGUGUUGCCGGUAAUCGAAACCGUGACCCGAGAAGUUCUUUACAUCAUCGGUUCCAUUGCUUUGUUGGGAAUAUUGCUGGCAUUAUCUUUUUUAUGCUUUAAUAUUUUGUUUCAUUCUCAAAAGUUUAUCAAGCUCUCUUCCCCGAAACUAAACAACACCACGGCUCUUGGUUGCUGUUUGGUUUAUGCUUCGGUAAUAUCCCUUGGAAUCGAUUAUGGUGUCACGGGUGAAAGUUCCAUUAUGAAGUCAAUUUGUCAGGUUCGAAUUUUUUUAUUUUCAACGGGCUUCUCAGUGGCUUUCGGUUCCUUGUUCUUGAAAACGUUUCGCGUUCAUCAAAUUUUUCGGAAAGCAUCUGGAGGAGUGAUCAAAAGCAAGCUCCUACGUGACAAUCAGCUGCUUUGUGGAGUUGGAUGCCUGUUCACCAUCGACUGCAUUUUUCUCUUUAUAUGGUUUGUUUCCGAUCCUAUCCAAGUGGAGCUUAUGCACAUAGGUGAGCAGACCCUCGCCAACAAUCCGGAUGUGGUUUUGCGGCGGAAAUUGGAAGUUUGCUCAAGUGAAUACAUGACGACGCUGUGGUUGCCAGCGAUUUACAUUUCCAAAGGCCUUAUGCUUCUUGCCGGCAUUUUCUUAACCUUUGAGACACGACAUGUCAAGAUUCCCGCCCUGAACGAUUCUCAAGCUGUGGGAUUAAGCAUUUAUAAUGUGGUAAUUUGCUCAAUCAUUGCCUUUGCCUUGACUCAGAUCAUUGUUGAGCAGCACACUUUAAGAUUUAUCCUGGUUUCCGGACUAACAAUUGCCACCACGUCAGGCACUCUGUGCUUCCUUUUUCUACCCAAGAUUAUGGUCGUUUUGAAAAACAGCGGAGACGAUCCCGUGCUGUCGAGCAGUGGACUAAAGGUGGAAUGCAACACCAGGCGUCUGGCCGUCGAAGACCCCCGAGAACGCUUCACGCGGGCGGAAAUUCAAAACCGCGUUUAUAAACGAGAUCUUGUCGAACUGGACACCGAUAUGGAUAAACUGGAAAUUCAAGUGCAAAUUCCCGUUGUGCCGCGCAUCAAGAUAAGCGAAGAACUGCUAAUGUCCCUUCCGGAAUUCUAUGUCGAUGACGAAAUUACGGUAGAGCGAUUCAUGAAAGCGGAACGGGAAAGAGAUCGCAUUCCCACGCCGGCUCAUGAACGUAUUCAAAAUCUUCGUGCAUUGUUGCCACUACUAAAGCGCAAUCGCCUGGAUGUGUCGUCGUCACUGUCCGAUCGCAGUGACAGCUCCAGUAUGGUACGGGAUGAGUUUGGGGGAUCGACUACAAUGGUCAUGGAAACACUGGAUGGGAAUAUUACGAUUCUAGUGAAAAACAAUCAAAAACAGCAGCCGCACAAUUCCGCCGGUAUGGUAAAAUUCCGCAAAGCCAUGGUUAAAUACAAAUUCAUUGCCGGAAAGCCGCAACCAGAGGCCACAGACAGCCUUAAGAAAAGAUUGCCUACCAAUGGUCUUCGGCAGGAAUUUAGCACCACCGAGCCAUCAACGUCUGAAAGCUGACGUAGAUAUAUGCGUUGUGCAAGUUGUGCGAGUACCCAGCUCCACAAAUGUUCAAAAAUUUUUAUUUGUGGGAGCAUAAUUUUUGUAUAUUGCCGUCGUUUCAUGACAAAUAAAACCGAAUUUAAAUACUGCUAUCUAUAUAUAAAAGGUCAAACUCAG